AUUCGGAAUACUAGUUUUCUAGAACAUAAUUAUGCAGCGUCUCCAUAUCCAUUGUGGCUGAAUAAUGGGGCGGAGGUAAGGCAGCUGUACUGUAUAUAAUACUUCCUGAUUGGUUUCAGGGAUGGUAAUCAAAUCUCUUUCUCAUUAAUUCUCCGUCCCGGAAUUGGUCUCCUGCAACGUUGAAUCCUCAACGCUUCAUACCAUCCCUCUUAUACAACAACGAUGGACGGGGAGACUCUCGUAAUGGCAAAAAGCAAUGAAAACCAAGGUUUGAUCCGAAUAACGAUCAUCCUUGUUAUCAUUAGUUUGAUGGUAUCUACGAUCGCCAUCAUCUUGUCUGCUACAAGUCUUUCCAGAGAAGGGACAACCAUCAAUGUUGGCGAUGCCGGUUCUACCACAGGAAGCUCUGCAGGCAAGCUUGCUGAUGACGUGUGGACUUUUGCUAUAGGUCACGAUGGAUCAAACGUUGAGUACUUUGAUCAGACUAGUGGAACGCUUCGUGGGUUUCAUGUCGACAUUGUCAAUGCAGUUUGCGCCCAAGCUAACAAGAAUUGCCGUUUGAUAUGGGAUGUUUACAGCAAUUGUUGGGAUUCACAAGCUGGUCAGUUAGCACGGGGUGGAAUCGGUCUUAUGGGCGGAUGGUAUGACGCGUGCACAGGAUGGUUUAAUACAUACGAACGAGCUUUAACUUUCAAGUUCACCAAUCCCAUUCGUAAGAAAUUCAACGGACAAUUCUUCGUUAAACAAGGAAACCCAAACAGCUUUAAUCCUACAUCUAUUGGUUCUACCCAGAAGAUUGGAUUCGGAGACGGUUGGUCAAGUGAUGAACAUUGUCUUGGAAGAAACUCGGAUACUAUUUCGGGUGUGCCCCUUGACCCCUCCCAGGUGGUUCACUAUGGCAACAGAAAUCAAUUGAUAGAUGCAGUUAAUAAUAAUGAGGUAGUGGCAGUAUUCACCAAUGCCCAUACACUAUUAAACAGUGGGCUUGAACAGGUUGGACCAACCAUAACCAAUUGUCAACGAGCAGGUGGAUCCAUUAUGACUCCUAUGCAGAGUACACUGCCUGACUGGUGGAACCCAGCCUUUGACGCUCUUAAACAAAGUGGAGCUUACAAGGAUAUCUGCGCUAAGUUAGAUAACGAACAUGGAUCUCAACGUGGAUUUGGUGGAGAUGUCGUGUGCCUUGACUAAUAACAAUAUCGACAGCAGCAAGCUUAUAACAAGAUUUAGUGACAUCAUCAGCUUCUCAAGAAGUUCAUAAGCCCAAUUUUAAGCGUUUUCUUGUAUGGUUUAUUUUUACGAAGUUAAGGAUGAUUUUUAAUCAAUUUUCUUGUAUAGUUAAAUUUUACGAAGUUUUAUUCUAUUUUGUGAGGAUAUAAAAACAUUUCAUUUUGUGGAUAUUUUCAUUUGGUAAAAGAAGCCCAAAUGAUAUCUAUUAUUGAAUACCGGCCAAAUAAAAAAAUGCUGGGGCGUCCUGCAGCACCUUCAGCACCCUUAGCAAUGAUGACCGAGGUGAUUAUGAAUAUCUUAAUAAUUAAGUUUCCAGAAGGAACGAUUAUUGGUGCUGACGAGGCAAUAUAUUUUUAUUCUUUCAAAUGAUAACGAAGUGGUUCUUCUUUUUUUUUUACAUGUUUUGUAUUGACGAAUCUACUGAUGACGUUUGUAAAUUAACCACCAGACAAGUGAAGCAGAUUGUUGUAAUAAACCAGUUUGAUUUG